AUGCCAAAACCACUGGCUGAAGGUCCCAAACGGCGGACCGGACCCACCGGGCAGCUCGCCAACAGCAAAUCGCGCGGUGGUCCGGACCGUGCACCUCCGCCGCCCCAUCGUACAUGUUGUAUCCUGCGACGCGGUGGUAGCAGCGUCACCACGGUGGAUGUUGUGGAUGUUGAUGGCGAACUGUUGAGCGGGAGCGUCUUUCAAACGUGUCGCUGCUGUUGCAUGGGUGAAGGGAUAUACAUUGAUUUUGACUGUGGGAGUAAAUGCCACGGUCCAUUCAUACACCGGAUUCCGUUCGACCGCAUCUACCUUCGGCAGAAUUGGAACUUAUUGCAGGCCAAAGGCCAAACCGGCCAACUUCACGCGCGUUCAAUAGAUCAAAAGGAGGAGUUCGCAGCAGAAGUGGAAAUUAGUCUUGAAAGAGAAGAACCGUGGAAACGAUAUCCCGCCACUUUGCUGAUGGGCGACUUUGCUAUGUGCUCUUUCGGGUUAGCACGAAUAACAAUGCCGAACGGGAUUAUCACUACCGUUGUUCGGGGAAAAUACAUCCAUGCACCAUUCGAUCGCCGUUUGGCAACACUGGCCAAGGAUGGCGAUUUCUACACCGCAACGCUGAAAGGGAACCAAACAUGUUGCUCAGAAAAAUGCCGCAAACGAAAGCUGAAGCGGAAGAUCAUCGAAGACCAUCUCGGCCGAGGGAAACGGCUGAAAACGGAGGACACGAUGCCGCGGGAGAGCGGUUUCUGUAUGCUGCCCAUAGCCUUGUCAAGGGAGAUUUUCGAGUAUUUGAAUACUGCGCAACAGUGUCGAAACCGCAAUGUGUGCCACAAGUGGAAUGAUAUAUUGACGUCUCCGCUCUUAAGCAACCGAACCAGUCUAGAAUACGGAUAUCUCUCCGUUGAAGAAGCAGCUGAAGAGGAAUACCUGAACGCCGCCAGCAUCUGUCACCGCUGGAGUAAACUCAUCACCAUCACGAACUGUCCACAUGCUGUGCAUUUCAAGCACAAACUACCGACCAUGAAUGCCGGCGUCUUCCAGCGCAUUAUACAGGAAAAGGGCUACCAGCCAGCUCAAAAGGUCAUUAUCCAUAACCAGCAGUGGAAUGUCUGUAGCGGGCGAUUUCAAGAAAGUGUCAUCGCUGAGUUUAUUAUCGACCUGCACGCGGAGUUGACGGCAUUUGCCUCGGUGUGUAAAGCACUGGUGAUCCGCAGUCUGACGGUUAAUUUGUUGAGUGUGGGCAAGAGCCGACAGUUUCAAGUGGUGAUUGUCCGAGGGAACAUUGGAACUGAUCGGCCUCUGAGUCUGAACGAUUUUUGGGAUUUGAUUGAUGACAGUUUUCCUCCUCCAACGGACGAUGAUCUGAAGGCUGUUGCGACGUGGAUUCAGGAGACUGUUCAGCGGGAAAACGUCUCGCGAUACAGAAGCAUAAUGCAGGCUUUGAUGAAAGUUCAAGUGCCGGAUCCUCGCGAUGGCAAUCAGUACAGCCACGUUUUGUUUCCGGCGCCGACAGAGACCAACUUCGAUUUCCUAUCCCGCCUGAACGUAAAGAAAUUGACGCGGUUUACGGUGCACGCUCUGUUGAGCGAGCUGCGAUUUCGACGACUAACGCUAACCAGCGAGCUGUCGUGGUAA